AUGCAGAUCCUGACCUGCCCCUCCAAGUUGAAGCUGCUUGAGACUGUGCUGCAACGGCACCUGCCCCAGGCUCUUCCGGUAAUUCUCGCUCCUCUACUGCCGUCUCCUUUCUCCAUCAAUUUAACAAAUGGCAUUUCCUACCAUUUUCUCAUGGAGCAACAUGGAUUUUUGCUCUAGCUAACUCCCCUCCUUUCCUUGGCAGGCCAACGGAGCUGUGAUGCACAUCAACCGUAGAAAUCCAGCUCAGCACGAAGUGGUGGUGGACUCUUGGCCGGAGUUUAAAGUUGUCCUUACCCGCCCACGUAAGGAGGUGAGAAUUCUCCCAUAACCCGUCACCUGAACCUGUGAGAAAAAGCACAAGAGACUGUAGCUUCUGAGGCUGGAAAGCCAUUGGAGACGCACUCCAUGGUGGUGCUGGACCUGUUCCUGCCUCCUUUGCCUUUCUCUUGCUCCUGCUCUCCAUCGUUAAUAAGACCCAACCAACCCCCGCUACCUGCGUCCUGUCAAUAGCCAAAUGACUGUGCCACGUUCUGCAGGUGGUGAAAGACAAGCAGGAUUGCUACUCCAACUUUCAUACUGCUUUCUACUGGGAUGUAGACGCCUGGCGAACACUGUUGGAAAAUGCAGAAGCCAUUGACUGGGGAAAGGCCUUUCAGCUUCAAGGUAAAGCUCCUCAUGCUCUACCUAUUCCAUUCCUGGAAUAGCAAAGCUAGUAUCCUGGUAAGGUGAUGAGACAUUGAGAGGUACUAAGGAAGUGGCUCUGUGUGAGAUGGAAAAUGGGUGGGUAGUUAGAAAAUGGGUGGGCAAAAGCUGAGUUGAGAGCUGUGACCAUGGGGGAAGCAAGUCCCUCUUGGGGUGUUAAUACUGCUCAGGUUGUGUAUAUGUGUAAAUAAACCACAUGCCACAGAGACACCACAGUCUCUGCUGUACCUCAUUCCAAAGGAAACACCAACCCUGGGGAAUCGCCUGGAACCCCUGGAAUCUCGCACCGCUCAAAGAUUGAGCUGGCACACAACACUAUAAUCAUACGAUAGCGAGAGAGGUGCAGACACAGAGCAUUAGAAAAUAUAAUUCCUCACCCCCAGGUUGACAUCUCAUUUUCAUUGUGUGCAGGUCUCCAAGAUGGCUUGUAUGAAGUUGCCAGAGAGAUUGCAGAGUCCAGAAGUGUCAAUCUUAAGCCAUACUUCUACCGGACAUUCCUGCAUCCUGACCCAUCUGCCUACUGUCAGAGCCGGUUAGUGAGUGCACUCUCACCCUGGGGUAUCUAACUGAUGGGAGUCUGUUGACUGGAGAGGGGGAGAAAUUAAAUUUCAUUCCCAUUUAAAGGCAAACUUAUUUAACUUGCACUUUCCUUAAAUACAACCAUCCUUUGAAAUUUAGUUGAGAGAGGGGGGCCCUAACCAUUUACCAUCUCACACCAAGUCUCUUAAUCCUUUCUUCUCUUAAUGGCCAGGUGAUCACGUCAGCACAGGAAGCUAGCCUGACUUAUAUUUUUACACUUCCUGGGUCCAGGGGUAAGGAGGGCCUCAGCUCUCCCCUGCAACUCUUAACAAUAUCAUUACAUAUUAUUUGUGGACUGAAAAUAACAUCAGCAAAUAUCCAGCAUUCAUUGGGCUGUAUUCUGUUCUGGAAAAGGGCUGACUAGGUGAACACAAGCAAUUUAUGCUUCUAUUUUCAUCAGAAUUCUCAAACAUUCCUCCUCAUAAUCAGUAAGCAGUGAUUGUAACCCAAUACAAAGUUCCACAUCUGAUUGCUAUGUCCUGGGUUAGUCCCGCCCACAAAACAGGAGAAGAAAGUCACAGAGUCACUUCCUAAGUUUCUCUUGCAAUUUCCUGUUCCUUUGUUCUGGUUGAUUGUGACAAAAUACUAAGGGAUGCUUUCAGUCUGCUCAACCGCCAUCACUGCCUCUCUUUGUAUUUCAGGUACAGAAGUGGCCACUUCCACUUCGGCAGCCUAAACUCCUCUCAUUCAGCUCUGCUCAAUGAAAACUGGAGUGUUGGGCGCAAUGAUUGGAGCCUACGCUAUCUGGACAGCCUGAUCCACAACUUCCCUAGUGCUUGCCUCCUGGACAAAGAAGGCCAGCUGGUUUCCUGGUGCCUUAGUGAUCCAAUGGGAAGUUUGGCGCACGGCUACACUCUCCCUCAGUACCGAGGACAAGGCUGUGUGGCAGCUGUGACCAGGGCAACAGCUGUGAAGUUGCACGAAUAUGGGUUCCCCCUGUUUGGUGGGGUUUUGGCAGACAACCAGCCUAGCAGACAGACAUUGAAGCGUCAAGGAUUCCACAUCUUGCCCUUGACAAAGUAUGCACUUUUCUUUACACCAAGCCUCCAGCCCACAAGAUAA